AUGGAAAGUGACGCUUCGUCGAACACAGGUGUUUUCAUACCUGUCCCACUGGAUUCUGAAGUCUUUCAAAACAGUAUUUUGUUACCACUUCAAAGUGCGUAUUUGUUUGAGGAAUCGAGCCAUUCUUUCAGAUACACAUCUGCUUUUCUGAUCAAGAAUGCGGCAUUAGAAAACAGGUACAAUGCCUGUCGAGAGAAAAGAGUCGAACAAGGCUAUUUGGACACAGAAUUGAAGGAAACCUACGGGUUUUUAUUGUUUGAUGAAUUGAGCAAGGCAAAAUCAAUUGGAGAUACUGGCGUACUAGCUGAAAAUGGGACAUGUACAACUUUGGGAGAUCCCACAAAGGGUGUAUAUCUGUCAAUGUACUCUGACUGUUUGGAUCAAAAUUGUUGGUACCAUGGGAAGUCAGGGUACAUUGUAGUUGUAAAGAUUACAAAGGGAAGAGUUGCAAAAGUUUCUGAAAACUACACGCAAAAUCUAACUGUGCCCACCGUGGGGUUUGAUUGCCAUGUUUCUGAACAGCUACAAUCAGUCUCUUCAAAAACAAGUUCAUUUCUGUCAUUCGAAAGAACACAGUACUACAUAUAUGAGCUGCUUGACAAUGGAAGUACUGCCCCAUCUCCCAGCCUUGCUUGUCCAUAUGCAGUUGUAGCAUUUUCAUACACUGAUAACAAAGGAACACUUGCAACUCAACAGGAAAGUUGCAACAACAUCAAUUUUGCUUGUCUAUAUUCACCAUGGACAGGAAAACUUCAAGUAGAUGCCCUAACAUUCAAUAUUGGAAUCAGAUCAACAGCAGCUGUCUUACCUUGGGCAAAAUUGCCACCAAUAAUUAAUGUUGAAUGGGUCAUUUCUAUGUUAAUUAUCAGAAAACUGCUGCCAAAAGACAUUUUUGAAACUACUAUUAAUGGACAAGGUUCUAUAAAAUUUCCUCUCGAACACAUAUACUGCAGUUUGUGUGAAGUAGUUGCUUUAAACUUGGAGGAAAUAGAUCAACUGACAUCUCUCUUGCUGGAAAUAAAAAAACAAGAUGUUGCACUUAUUAUUCCAUUAUCAGAUAGGGGUUUUCUGAUCUUAAUUCAUGAUUCAAAUUUUAUCUCAAAUGAUAAAGAUACUGUCAUACCUACAAAUAAAUCCCUGCAAGGUGUUUUUGUAUUCCCAGAGUCACAUAUUAUCCAGAAAGACACAAAUAAAAUGAAUCAACGCUUCCCAGCAGAUGCAAUGAGUAUCUUGCCUAUGCUAAUCUAUGCUGAAGGAGCAAUUGAGAAAGCAAGCCAUACAUCAGACAAGGAUCUCUGUGACAUAAUUGUGCAGCAUAUGCAAAGUUACGCCACGCUGAUGAAUCCGGGCCGUCUUCGCAGCCCAUUUCGAGAGAGUAAGAAAGAAAUGGUGGUUGCAUUUUCAAACCCCGACUUGCUAUGA